UCUGGACUGGAAGACCUGCACCGUGAGGGAUCAUCUACCGGGACUUAAAACCUGAAAACAUUCUUCUAGACGACCGCGGACACAUCCGUAUCUCUGACCUGGGACUAGCCGUCCAGAUUCCCGACUCGGAGACGAUACGAGGGAGAGUGGGCACCGUAGGAUACAUGGCCCCAGAGGUGAUCCAGAAUGAGUCCUACUCCUUCAGUCCUGACUGGUGGGGUCUGGGCUGUCUGGUGUUUGAGAUGAUCCAGGGUCAGUCGCCCUUCCGCCGGCGUAAAGAACGAGUGAAGAGAGAAGAGGUGGACAGACGAGUGAGAGAAGACCCCGAGGAAUACUCUGACAAGUUCUCUGAGGAGGCCAAGGAUAUCUGCAGACAGCUGCUGGCCAAAGACCCCAAAAGCCCGUCUGGGGUGCCAGGGGCGGGGCGGUGUGAGGUGAAGGCUCAUAUCAUCUUCAAGAACAUCAGCUUCAAACGCCUCAGGCAGGCAUUCUGGAACCCCCUUCAGUCCUGA